CGUUCAAGUCAGUGUUUCGGAGACCGCCGGAUAGAGAUAUGUUCGAGAAUCGAUCCGGCAGUCGUCGUCCUCCUCCUUCUUCCUAACUGACUACGCCGAUUCCUUUCCUUCCUUUCUCCUACAAAUUUGAUAUUAUUAUUUUGUCGAGUAUUGUCCAGUUUUUAGUGAAUUUUACCGGUUCGUUGAGUUUGUUUUUUCAUUUCGAGUUCGGAGUUUUGAGUUUUGAUCUAAGACAAGGUAUCUUUCUCGACGUUGAGGAACAUUAUUUUGAUGACAUCUUUUUGAAAAAUCAGCCAGGAAUUCCUUGACAAGAUACGACUGGAUCAUAUUUGUGUUUCUUUUUUGUGUUUAGUGAAAUUUCAAUAUUUAGUGGAAAAACAAUUAGAAGAAAAGAGAAUUAAAUAAAGGGAAAUUUGUCAUUUUUGUAUUUUGAUUUUGCAUCAAUCUCGUUUGAUACUAUUUUGUUAAUUACGAGUGUUGCUAAAGAAAAUACGCGUAUAUAUUUUACGUGCAAGUUUUCGUCGACGUUGCAGCCGUCGUCGUCGUCGUCGUCGUCGUCGUUGUCGUCGUCGUCGUCGUCGUCGUCGCCUCGUCGUCGACGAUGUCGAAGAUUUCAAUCAACGUAAUAAUGGAAACAUGAGGACCGUCAAAAACCAUACAACCAAUCGAACCAUCUUCGUUCUGACCAAACAUAAAUGACCGACGUGACGCGGCCAAUCGGGAAUAUUUUCACGCAAAAUGAUUCGCGCCCUUGUCCUUCUCUGCAUGGCCGUUCUACCACUCGCACGAUGCCACAAGAUUCACGAGCACAUGACAAGGGAAGAGAUGUUAUCGGUGUUUCACACGGGACAUGAAUCUGUGCCCUCGUAUGAAAUCGUGCCGGUGUUGCACUCGAUACAUAAGAGAAGUUCUGGAAAAAAAGCAGAGGUACAUUUAAAGGCAUUUGGGACGGAUAUUAGUCUAUCGUUAAAGCCAACGAGAGGAUUAUUGUCGCCUAAUCGAUUGCCGAUGUGGACCGUUACGAAGAACGACUCCCAUCCUGAUGGUCUUCGUUACGAACGAGUAUUGGACACCGAGACCGAUACCGAUACCAAUACCGUUAUCGAUAUCGGUGACAUCUAUCAAGAUAGAAGGAAUAUGGCGUCGAUUCUACUGCACCAAGACGCGAAUGGGAAAGUGCUCGUUGAUGGCAACAUCGGUUCAGAACUGGUGAUACGACCGCUUCCCGAACGAGUUAUCCAGGAAGUCGUGAGCAAAAGCACGAGUCUACUGCAGCCUGAAUUAUUACCAAAUGUUACCACUCUUCUGAGAAACAAUCUGAAAUCUACGAGUCAUCACGUUGUCUAUAAAAAGUUUCGUAAACCCUUCGACGACGAAUACAGCGAUUAUGCAUUGAUGGAGCCCGAUCACCUGGCCAAAAAGUACAGAAGUAAACGUUCCUCGGGUAACAGGUCCAAACGAGAAGCUCCAUAUGUCAUUUAUCCAGAAAUUCUUUGUAUCGUUGAUUACGACGGAUACAGACUUCACGGUGGGGACAACGUACAGAUAAAAAGGUACUUUGUAUCAUUUUGGAAUGGCGUCGAUCUAAGGUAUAAAUUAUUGAAAGGACCAAAAAUACGUAUCAGUAUAGCCGGGAUAAUAAUAUCUAGAGGUCGAGAUGCUACGCCAUAUUUGGAAAGAAAUCGCGUCGGAAGGGACGCCAUUGAUUCGGCAGCUGCUCUUACCGACAUGGGAAAAUACCUUUUCCGAGAAAGGAGACUUCCCGUCUACGAUAUCGCCGUAGCAGUGACGAAAUUAGAUAUGUGCAGGAGGCAAUACGCGAAUGACGUGUGCAAUAGAGGAACCGCAGGAUUUGCGUACGUCGGCGGUGCCUGUGUGGUUAACAAACGUCUAGAAAAAGUCAACUCCGUUGCUAUCAUCGAAGACACCGGUGGUUUCAGCGGAAUUAUAGUGGCGGCCCACGAAGUUGGUCACUUACUAGGCGCAGUGCACGAUGGUUCACCACCACCGAGUUAUCUCGGUGGACCAGGGGCUGAGAAAUGUCGUUGGGAAGAUGGUUAUAUCAUGAGCGAUCUCAGACAUACCGAAAAGGGAUUCAAAUGGUCUCACUGCAGCGUCUCGUCCUUCCAUCAUUUUCUCAACGGGGACACUGCAACGUGUUUGUACAAUGCACCUCACGAAGACGAAGCACUACCCAGAGUCUUACCAGGCAAAUUGCUCUCGUUGGAUGCUCAGUGCCGUAAAGAUCGGGGAACUAGUGCCUGUUUCAAAGACGAUAGAGUUUGUGCACAAUUAUUCUGCUUCGACGCUGGCUCCGGUUAUUGCGUGGCAUAUCGUCCCGCAGCCGAAGGUUCUCCAUGUGGCGACGGUCAGUAUUGUCUUAAUGGGAAAUGCGUCGCCGAACAUGAAAAUAUAAUACCCGAUUACACGCAAAAUAUUCCAACGUAUGUACGCCGAGACGGUACUUUUGGACCCCCUGCAAACAACAGGCCAAUAUAUGCACAAUAUAAUAGCACGGAUUACAGGUAUCCAUGGGAAGGAACAACAUAUACAUCACCAAAAUCUAAAAAUAAAUAUUCUCCGUACAUAACUCCAAAUUUAUUGGCGUCAAGUACAACAACAACCACAACCACAAACGUUAAACGUCAAUUUACACCUACAUCAACGGUAUACAAAUACACGUACACGACUGCCAACAAUCUACUUGCCAUUAAUGAUAAAAUUACAAAUAAUCAUAACAAUAACAGUAACAAUUAUGGAAAAACCAGCAAUAGUGUUAAUCGAAGCACUACGACGACUAGCAAGAAAAGCAACAGAUAUCAUUUUAAUUUCCAUUACAACGUCAAUUCUACGCCAAAAGUUGUCAAUAAUCCAAACGACGUUAAUUAUCCGAAAAUUAUACCGUUCAAACAUAAGACCACGCCAAGUGUGACGUCAUUUUCUCCGACGACUUUGGUUCUUCAAAAUGGCCUCCAAAAUGGCCAACAAAAUGGUAGUCGUGAAACAGAGGACGAUGAGGAGUGCACGGACGUAGGACCCGACUGCUUGGAUCUGAUUGACAGGCUGGGAACAUGGCUGUGCCAUCUGCAAUCUGUAAAAAGCCGUUGCUGUGCGUCCUUGGAAACUAUCUGCCCUUAAAAACUCCCAUGGAUAUUUUCGAGAAAAUUGAACACAAAUUUAUGACUACGUCGGAAAAAAGAAAGAACAAAAAUCGAGAAAAGAAA